GUUCACUUAACAUUUUAUUUCGCAAUUAACUCAAACUAUGCUGGCCAUACUUUCUAUCAUUCUGACAACGGGGUUUACUCAACAUCUACGACUCUCAAAAUGCCACUUACGCACUCGGCGAUCUCGUUGAUUGUUAAAGGUGUGAACCUCCAUGUCUCAAUAAUCUACGAACUACACGACCGCCCCCCAUUACUCUUCCUCCAUGGAUUCGGCUCUUGCAAGGAGGAUCUUGUAGACGUUACGGUCAAUCCAGCCCUUCAGCACUAUGGGUAUAUUGCAUUCGACGCGCCGGGUUGUGGUCAUUCCGAAGUUGACGAUCUUUCUUCUGUCAAUAUACCUUUCCUUGUUGCAACAGCAGAAGCCGUCCUCUCGCACCUCCAGAUCGAUCGGUUUCAUCUUAUUGGCCAUUCCAUGGGCGGACUCACCGCGCUUCUCCUUGCGCACAACAAUCCCGGUCAAGUUUUAAGCUUCGUGGAUAUCAAGGGCAACCUCGCACCUGAGGACUGCUUCCUAAGUCGUCAAAUUAUUACCUUUCCAUCCAAUAACCCGGAGGAAUUCCUGAAAGCUUUUAUUGAUCGAACCUAUCAAACAAAAUCAUACUCCAAUGCUCUGUAUGCUAGCACCUUGCGUAAUCGAGUUCGUGCUGGCGCUGUACGCCCGAUCUUCGAGUCGAUGGUACAACUGUCGGAUGGAGAGGAUCUGUUAGGAAUGUUUCUGGGACUUACAUGCCCCAAGAUGUUCAUGUUUGGCGAAGAAAACCGUGGACUAUCAUAUCUGGGACGAUUACAGAAGGAAGGUGUUGAACUUGCUCAAAUUCCACAGUCUGGCCACUUCCCCAUGUAUUCUAACCCUGUUGAUAUGUAUCGACAAAUUGCUCAAUUCUUGCAAAGUUCCGAUCGCGACACGCGUUUGGAACCUGCCAACUAGCAUGAAUACUUCCAAGAGAAGACAUUGAGAAGCAACUUCCCUAUCUAUACAUUUUCGGAAGUCAAAAGAUAGCAUGCAUGAGAAGAAUUUUAAAAAAUUCUCGCUUCGCUACCACAUCCCUGUAACUCAG